UGUGGGGGCCGGUGGUCCUGAGUGCCGGGGGGACUGGAGUGCUCAGGCGCCGGAGGAAGGCGCUGGAUGGGCGGGAACUGCUCUUCUUUUCAUCCUCUUAGCCCGAGGAAAUAGGCGGCAAAGGGGUUACAUUUUGGCCUGAGCCCCAGCAUCAGCUGCGGGCAAGGAGGCAGAGACCGGCUUGCUGGACUAGGCCCAGGCUUCCUCUGGUUAGGUAUUUCAGAAAGACUGUUGCCAAAAGGUUUACUGUUCUCCGAACUGCCCCAAGGCCCUGCUAAUUACGUAUUGCUUGUCUGAAUACCUUUGCUGAAUAUUUACUUUACAGCUUAAGAGGGACUUUCCUUUGAGAGACUUUCCAUUGCAGAUAUGCGAUGGAAACCAAAAAGGGGCUUCCCAGGGAAGUAGUACUAAUUUAUUAUUGUAAAGAAAUAGCUUUAACAACAUUCUUUAAACAUGAAUGCUUUUAUUCUUCAUAGUACAGUUUUCAGAGGAAAAUUCACACAUAGGUCAAGCAUCAUGGAGCACCUGCUGAAGUCCAGACCCUAGCAGGGACUUCCUGGCUCUUCAUGGCAUCCUGUCUGUCUUUUCCAAGUGUGUGACCAGUGACAAAAAGAAAAUUCCAUUCUUUGUGAAUAGUCAGAUAUUGAAGAAAAAGUGUCAAUCAUGGCUGAGUUGUCACCUGAAGAAAUUCAGCUGAGAGCCCAUCAAGUUACAGAUGAGUCUUUGGAAAGCACAAGGCGGAUCCUUGGCAUGGCCAUUGAGUCCCAAGAUGCAGGAAUCAAAACCAUCACCAUGCUGGAUGAACAAGGGGAACAGCUAAACCGCAUAGAAGAAGGCAUGGACCAGAUAAACAAAGACAUGAGAGAAGCUGAGAAGAACUUGACUGAGCUCAACAAAUGUUGUGGUCUUUGUGUCUGUCCUUGCAAUAGAACAAAGAAUUUUGAGUCUGGUAAAGCAUAUAAGACAACGUGGGGUGAUGGUACAGUGAAUUCAACUGAUCGUGUAGUGUCGAAACAACCAGGACAUGUUGUAGACUAUCAACAACCGGCCUCAGGAGGAACAACGGGAGGAUAUAUAACACGGGUAACAAAUGAUGCCAGAGAGGAUGAGAUGGAAGAAAACCUAAAUCAAGUGGGAAACAUCUUGGGAAAUCUGAAAAAUAUGGCCUUGGGCAUGGGCAAUGAGAUUGAUAAACAAAACCAACAGAUAAAGCAGAUAAAUGACAAGGCUGAAGUCAACAAGGAGCGUAUUGAGCAAGCCAAUGCAAAAGCCAAAAAACUUAUUGACAACUGAUAGGUUACUGCCAGUUGUUUAUCCAACUAAAACAUCUAUUUUAGUCUACAAAUCUCUACAAUUUCCAAAGAAGAGGUGGUAAGAUUCAGAAGGGGAAACAAAGCAGGACACAUCAUAAGGCUUCUUUGUUGCAUGUAUAUAGACUCAGUUUGAGAAUCCAGGAAGGCAACACAACAGAAAUUCAGCUUUCUUACCACUUUCCAUAUCCUCAGGGCUCCAUUUUCUGGCUAUGAAUCUUUUCAUGGUUCCUGCCUUGAUUCUGCUUUAUUUCCCUUUUUGCAGUUCAAUACAGAGUGAGACACAGAAAAGGAUGCACUCACAGGGUUCAUUACCUCAUUUAAUAUUGCAUGUCAUCACUAAAGUGGUGGAUAAAUGAUUUUCAUGAACUGUGUCUUUUUUAAUUAAGCUGACCCUAGUUUUAGAAAACAGUUUUACUAUCAGUUCUUACAUGAUGGCACAGGAUUGGUGGGGGGAGGGGGGAUUUUCUUUUAAUUGGAGCAUGUGGCUUAGUAGUUGUUAUUUUUCAGAAUAGGACUGUAAAGCACAUGUUUGUACCUGGACUCCCAAGUUGGACUCCCAAGCCAUAACAAUUCUUGGUUAGUUGGAAAGGGGAUGAGGAAUCACACUAUUUUGAUUUUUUUAAAAAACAAACCUAUAGAAUUGAUACAUGUGACUAUUGCAAAACUUUUAGGUGGAUUUAUUCCCCAUUUCACCACAGAUGAUUGGGGUAUUUGCUAUGAACUCUAAUCACCUUUAUUCCUCCCGGAAGCCCUGUAUAAGUGUCUGAGGAAUUUAGGAGGAGUUUCUAGGGUGGCAGACAACACUUGUGUUCCUGUCCCUCUGGUUAAUCAUUGAGUGGGAGUACGCUUGGGAAUACUUUUCUAGGAUUGGAAGCAGAGCACCUCCAAGGGUACAAUUAAAGGAUACAGCCCUGUUGCAAAUUACUGUGUCAAAACAUCCUGAAAUUCCAGUCAUUAAAAGGACUGUAAAUCCUUUGGACACAAACACUAACAUUGUUGAAGAGAGAUCUCUGUGUGAACAUUUUUGUGUCUAAUCAAAAGCAAAGUUUAGUGAAGGUGCAUUUGGCACUUAAGUCUGAGUAUAAACUAUUUUGUCAUGUUAUUUCCUAAAGAAAUAUAGGCUGAAGGGGAAGGAUUGAUUUUUAAGUACCAAAACCCUACAACUGGAGAACAGUAUCUUCAGUAUUUAAUAAAACAUUUGUGGCAUUUCUCAAAAUACAUCUGAAGCAGCUUCCAAAGAGAACUAAACCAGUGCUUGUCAUAAUGAGUUAACAUUUGCAGCUGCUUGGUAAAACGCAAGUUUUAAACAACUGUGUUGGAUACUGAACUGAAUGCAGUAUGUGCAUACAUAUAAUUUUCUUCAGGUAACAGUUAUAAUGUACAGUUGUCUCACAUUUUCUGGCUGAAACUAUAUUCAGUCUUUAAUGCUGCAUUGAGAUAUUUGUGAAAGUGAAGUCAAUACUGAAACAGGUUUGCUUUUGCUUCUACCUUUGUCAUGGCAAUGCAGCUUGGCUAUAGCACAGAUCUGUAUUAGAAAAUGUGCUCCCGAGUUCAUAUGCUACCUACUAGCAUGUAUUGUGUUGUUUGUUAAUUGCACUAGUUUUCCUAACUGAGCAUACAGCAAAGCUAGGAGACUAUGAAGAGCUACCAUACAUAGCUGCUAGUAGAGUGUUCUUCAGUGUAGUAGGUUUACAAGUUAUGUAAACCUGCUGUAGUAAUACAUUAAUAUGUAAUAACUUCAGUUCAUUCCUGUGUUAGGAAUAAGGCAUCUGAUAUAGCUUUCCUGUAAACAUGUCUGUAAAAGUCAUUAAACUACAAAUAUGUUAAAUAGCCAAGCUUUCUGAAGAAAGCUUUAGUCCACCUCUAGUUAAGAAUUCAUAAAACACAUGCAUAUUUGUUAGAAAUCUUUGAUAAUUAGAGGUUAGUGGGCAUUCUUACAUGAUUAAAAGGAAGAUUUUUGUUCAUGAAUAUUGUAUUUCCAAUUAAGUAACAAUGCUUGUGAUUGUGGUUGUGACAAUGACCUCUACUUUUAAGUCCUGCCAGGGUGGGGCUUAAAACAAACUGGCAUAUUAUGCUGUCAUUUUCUUAAGAAGACACUGUAUUAUCCUGCCCCUCUACAAAUCAGUUUCAGCUGACCCAUACCCUUAUUUUAGUAAGUUAAAGCUCUUCCUUAAAUACAUUUUGUCAUCAAGGGGUAACAUGUAAACAAAGCAUUCUUAGAUGUGUAGAGUAGAAAUUGCCCAUCAGUCUCAAAUUAGUUUAAUGUAUUAGUGACUCAAACCUAAAUGGUAAUGAUUUUGCUGGAAAUAGCAGAACACAGUAAAUUUUAUUACUCUGGAAGCACAACUGUGAAUUACUUGAGCUCUGCAACAUCUGUUCUUAAUUUUACUAAUAUGAGAUACAUCAAACUACCAUCACAGAGAUGGUGAUAUGAGCAAAAUGUUGCCUCAAUGCACAUUUCUUCAUUAGCUUCUCUGGAAACUUGUAUAGUAUUGCAUGAAAGCACUUGAAUAUGGAUUAUAUAUAUGGGUAAGAUUUUGCAUUAUGGAACAGUUAGAGCAAGCCUGUAUGCCUUAUUAUCUGUUUUGAACUGUAAUAAAGUGAAUGCCUCAGGUUUUCUUCAUUGUA